AUGUCAUCAAUUGAAGAAGAAGGUUCAGAUUUACUCGGCGAUUUAGGGGUAAGUAAUAUACAAUUUGUAAAACGCAAAAAAACAGAGAUACAAAAAGAAACAGAUUUUGAUGGAACAAGAAUUUUGGCCUUUUUCACAUUCCUGACCAGAGAUUUCUAUAUGAACGACGAGUUUUAGCAUUGUCGUCCGAAUGCGAAUUGAUUAAACCUGCAGGGAAUUUUUUAUUAUAUUUUCACUUUUCACUGGACGACACAUCUUGCUUGAACGGAAAAAAGUUUUUCAAUAAAUAAUUUCAAUGUCCAAUGACGAUUUUGUUAUCUAACUGUCUUUGCUAAAUGCAUGCUAAUAUCUUUAUAUAUUUUCAUUAACUUUUUUACAAUAGCAUUAUAGGACGUCUUCUCGCUUUUUAAAUAAAUCAUAUUUGGCCAUUUCUCACAUGCAUGCAUGCAACCUGCUUACAACUUGAGUUGCACUCAAAUCAAGCACACAAUACAACAGACAAGAAUGUGUCCACAGAUCAAUGUAUGUCAGGUAUAAAUAUAUCUAACAACUGUAUUCGUUUUCAAUUGAAUAACCAGAAUAUUGAAAUAACAGGUCUGUCAAAGCUAAAUCCUUUGCGCAUAAAGAAACUUCCAGUGCGAUCACGAUAUGCAUUAUUUCAUAACGUCUGCACACAAAAGCAUGUUACCGACUUUACUACCACUGGUUGCCAAUUUAACACGUCACUGUGACCGUGAACCCAGUACAACUCAAGUUGUAAGCAGGUUCAGUGCAUGCGACAGUUUUUAGGAAAAGGUUGCGUAGUGUAUAUAAAAUCUGCGUUAAAUCGGCAAACUUCCCAACAGCUUGUUUAUGAAUGUGGAAAUAUUUCCACUACGUACGAGACAGGGUGGCGAACGCCCCUUUGAAAAACCAUGGAAAUUCGGGCAAAUGCUAGGAAAAAUCAAGAAAAUUCGGGCGGAUCUAUCAGAAAACAGAAUGUUAAAAUCAGGUUAUUUCAUUAUAAUUCUCCAUAAAAAUUCGGGCAAACUUUCAACUGACCCCCCCCCCGAAAAACAUCAAUCCUAUGAAUAUUUCUUUAGAAAUCUUGUCUGAAUCAGUACAAUUCUAUGUACUGUGUAAGACUGUAGUUCAGUUUGAAUUAAACAGACGUGCGUGAAAUAAUAAACUAAAACAGCAGGUUGAAUUUUAACCAAGGGUUAGCACUAAUUCAGGUUUGAAGCCUGGUUCACCCAUGGCUUGUCGAAGGGAAGAUGGCUAUGAAACUCAUUAGAAUAACAAUAUAACUCAUUAUCCAUGUUAGUCACAAAUCUGGUCCUUCACCGUCACGUGCGCAUUGUAUUUUUGUCCAACUAACCAAUAACAAUGUUUUUUAAAAGUUACUGGUGACUCGAACAAUAAGGUACGUAAAUUGGAAAUUCCUAUUGGUGGAUUUAGCAAAAAUACAAAACAAACGUGACGGUGAAGGACCAUAUUUAUGAAUAAACGUUGACUAACCGGAUAUUGAGUUAUAUAGUGUUAUUCUGAUGAGUUUCACAGCCAUCUUCCCUUUGAUAAGCUAUGGUUGACCCAUAGUCUAUCGAAGGGAAGAUGGCUGUGAAACUCAUUAGAAUAACACAUUAUCUAUGUUAGUCAACGUUUAUUCAUAAAUCUGGCCUUUCACCGUCACGUGUGUAUUGUAUUUUUACCAAAUCUACCAAUAGGGGGGAGGGGGAAUAGCAAUUUCCAAUUUCCCUAUUGUUUGAGUCACGGAUAAGUGACUUUCCUAAAAUAUUGCCAUUGGUUUGUUGGGCAAAAAUACAACACACACGUGACGGGGAAAGACCAGGUUUAUGAAUAAAUGUUGACCAACAUAGAUAACGAGUUAUAUUGUUGUUCUGAUGAGUUUCACAGCCAUCUUUCCUUCGAUAAGCUAUAGUUCACCGCACUAGCUGUUUUGUCGGUGAUUUUUUUCCUCCUGGCAAAUGUGAUCGAAUGAAUGACAUGCAAAAGACUUGGAAUUGUUUGCUUCUGAAAAGCGACUCUAUACUUUUGUGUGCGAGUUCACUCAUUUGCAUGCAUCCGUCAGAAACAUAAAAUGGUGAACUAGGUUUGAACAACCGACGCCUGAGCAAUUUCCUAGUCAACCUAGAAAUAAUCCUAUUUUGGUAACUUAAUAUUCCUGGUUAGAUUUCCUGGUUAUCUUAUCUCACUUCCUCUCAUAGUUACCAGGAAUCUAGAUCUGGUUAUAUUUGACCUGACCUCGAUGUGCUGGGAGGAGCCCCCUGGUUAUUUAUCCACCUAAAUCAGUAACCAGGAAUUUUGACCACCAAGUCCUGGCCAAAAUUCCUGCUCGCCGAAUAACCAGACUGUAUGGUACGAAGUGAAAUAAAAUAAUCAGGAAGUUUAAGCUGGAAUAUUAAGUUAACCCAAUGGACCUAUUCCCUAAUGACCAAAAUUUUCAGUCUACGGACAAGUCUAGACAACAAUUUCAUCACAGCUUGAAAGAGCAUCACAAAAUUAGUAAGAUUCCAAAGUUUCGUUGCGAAAUGUUGUAGAAUGCAGAUAAUAUAGCCCUGCAAAUUUUCCCGUUUUUCAGUCAUUUUGUAUUAUACGCAAGGGAAAUUGAUAUCGCCGUUUCUGAAAAAAGAAAAGUAUAAACUACCUAUACUCAUGAUAUAGGAAUAUGUGGGAGAAAGAAAUGAAACAGGAGAGAGACAUGGUGUUGGAAAAGCACAAUUGAAGAAUGGCGAUAUAUAUGAUGGUCAUUACAAGUAUGGCAAAAGAGAUGGACCGGUGAGUAACCUGCCCGAAAAUCAAGGAAAAGCAUUGCACGAGAUACAGUCUGUGUUUCGUUUUCUACUCUGAGUAACAUUUCCGCUGCAGAUUGAGAGAGAUUACAACUAUCUGAAAAAUACAAGCAGAACUUCCACGUUUCGAGCGAAGGCCCUUCGUCUGGAAGUCGAAGUGAAAAUUGAGAUGGAUCCCUAUUCAACUGCCUGAAAAAUACAAGUAAACCUUCGACGUUUCGAGCGAAGGCCCUUCGUCGGAUCAAGUUAGGGGCCGACUAAGAGUCUUCGAAACGUUGAAGGUUUACUUGUAUUUUUCAGGUAGUUGAAUAGGGAUCCAUCUCAAUUUCCUGGUGUUUUUGUCACUAUAUACUUACGCUGGCACAGAUCGUUCGAGAAAGUCGAAGUUCUGCUUGUAUUUUUCACUUUUCAGCUUGUAUCUCUCUCAAUCCGUAGUUGUUUUGUCACCGUCCCACCUACACUGGUCCAACAUUACCAUGUCUCACUGUUUAGGCAUCAACAUUACCAUGUCUCACUGUUUAGGCAUCAACAUUACCAUGUCUCACUCUUUAGGCAUCAACAUUACCAUGUCUCACUCUUUAGGCGUCAACAUUACCAUAUCUCACUGUUUAUGCAUCAACAUUACCAUGUCCCACUGUUUAGGCGUCAACAUUACCAUGUCUUACUGUUUAAGCGUCAACAUUACCAUGUCUUACUGUUUAGGCGUCAACAUUACCAUGUCUCACUCUUUAGGCGUCAACAUUACCAUGUCUCACUGUUUAGGCGUCCACAUUACCAUGUCUCACUCUUUAGACGUCAAUAUUACCAUAUGUCUCACUGUUUAUGCAUCAACAUUACCAUGUCUCACUGUUUAGGCGUCAACAUUACCAUGUCUCACUGUUUAGGCGUCAACAUUACCAUAUGUCUCACUGUUUAUGCAUCAACAUUACCAUGUCUCACUGUUUAGGCGUCAACAUUACCAUGUCUCACUGUUUAUGCAUCAUUAACAUUACCAUGUCUCACUGUUUAGGCGUCAACAUUACCAUAUGUCUCACUGUUUAUGCAUCAACAUUACCAUGUCUCACUGUUUAGGCGUCAACAUUACCAUGUCUCACUGUUUAUGCAUCAUUAACAUUACCAUGUCUCACUGUUUAGGCGUCAACAUUACCAUAUGUCUCACUGUUUAUGCAUCAACAUUACCAUGUCUCACUGUUUAGGCGUCAACAUUACCAUGUCUCACUGUUUAUGCAUCAUUAACAUUACCAUGUCUCACUGUUUAGGCGUCAACAUUACCAUAUGUCUCACUGUUUAUGCAUCAACAUUACCAUGUCUCACUGUUUAGGCGUCAACAUUACCAUGUCUCACUGUUUAUGCAUCAUCAUGUCUCACUGUUUAGCGUCAACAUUACCAUAUGUCUCACUGUUUAUGCAUCAACAUUACCAUGUCUCACUGUUUAGGCGUCAACAUUACCAUGUCUCACUGUUUAUGCAUCAUUAACAUUACCAUGUCUCACUGUUUAGGCGUCAACAUUACCAUAUGUCUCACUGUUUAUGCAUCAACAUUACCAUGUCUCACUGUUUAUGCAUCAACAUUACCAUGUCUCACUGUUUAGGCAUCAACAUUACCAUGUCUCACUGUUUAUGCAUCAACAUUACCAUGUCUCACUGUUUAUGCAUCAACAUUACCAUGUCUCACG